UGUUACAAAUUAAAGGUUUGUGACCGUUUUGUAGUAAGUGCAAAGGUUUGUUACCAUUUAUGCUAAUUACCCCACUAUUGUGGAUCAAAUAACACCUAACCAAAUAGGCCGGAACAGAUUGGGUCACAGGUGGAAAAAUAACUUCCUCUUCAUAAUAACUUGCUCAGUUGCUAUGGCAAUUGGGUUACAAAUUUUGCUCCGUGAGACCAUUUCAAAUCACCAGUGGACGUCCGUCAGAAAACGACCCUUGUUGGCGACUGUGCCACUAACACCUUCCUAGUCCACAAUCCCAAACCCUCUGACCAAAACUCCACACAACCGCCCGAGCUACUGAGGAAGAUGACGAAUUCAGAAGGAAAAAUCCAAAAGAUCCUCUGGUCCAAUCAGGGAAGACGAAGAUGAGAAUACGAACAAGUAAAUUUAAUCAAUCAGAUUCGAACAGGAACCAAAAAAAAAUUAAGAGAAUCAAACAAGAAAUCUCUGGACAAUCAGACCAAAUUCCCAUCAUUGCGUCCAGUCCACACUUACCCAACUUGCAUUUGCAUGUGCUCUCUCUCUCCCAUUUACAAGUAAAUUCUUACCCUCCAUAAGUAGCCCACUGUAAACCUGCCACCACAACCCAUUCUUCUCUCCCGCCAUGGCAGCAGCUUCAGCGCCACAAACCAAUGGCGCAGACAAAACAGAGAAAUCCGCCUUGGAGAUCGAGAAACACCAAGAACAAGAAGAAGAAGAAGCAGAGCCCAAUUACAGAGGAUGGAAAUCCAUGCCUUUCAUCAUCGGAAACGAGACGUUCGAGAAGCUAGGAGCAAUCGGCACGCUCUCCAACUUGCUCAUCUACCUCACCACCGUCUUCAACCUCUCCAACAUCAAAGCCGCCACCAUCAUCUCCGUCUUCAACGGCACCGCAAACUUCGGCACCCUCGUCGGCGCCUACAUCUGCGACACUUUCCUCGGCCGCUACAACACCCUCGCCGCCGCCUCCCUCGCCUCCUUCCUCGGGCUGCUUCUGAUUCAACUGACAGCAGCAAUCCCGGGCCUGCACCCGCCGUCAUGUGGGAAAUCAUCCGACGCCGCCACGUGCAAGCAACCGACAGGAGGCCAAAUGAGCUUCCUCCUGACUGGAUUUGCACUCAUGAUAAUCGGCGCCGGCGGGAUCCGACCCUGCAACCUGGCAUUCGGAGUGGAUCAGUUCAACCCGAAUACAGAGUCGGGCAGAAGAGGGAUAAACAGCUUCUUCAAUUGGUACUUCUUCACCUUCACCUUCGCCAAGAUGAUCUCCGUCACUUUAAUCGUCUACAUCCAGGCAAACGUCAGCUGGUCGAUCGGCCUCGCGAUUCCGGCGAUCCUGAUGCUGAUCUCCUGCGCUCUGUUCUUCGGUGGCACGAAAAUGUACGUUAUCGUCAAAGCCAGCGGAAGUCCGGUCACCAGCUUGAUUCAGGUGUUCUUCGUAUCGAUCAAGAAACGAAAUUUGAAGUAUUCGGAUUCGAAUUCGCUCUUCAAUUACAUUCCUAAAAAAUCAAUCAACAAGCCCCUGCCUCACACCGACCAGUUCAAUUGGCUGGACAGAGCGGCAAUUUUGACUCCCACGGACAAAAUUAAUUCGGAAGACGGCUCCCCGGAGAAUCCGUGGAACCUUUGCAGCCUGCAGCAAGUGGAGGAAGCGAAAUGCGUGGUGAGGGUCCUUCCAAUCUGGGUCUCCGGCAUAAUCUACUACCUCGCCAUCGCGCAGCAGGGCACCUACGCGAUCUUCCAAGCCAAUCAAGCCGACCGGCGGCUGGGGAACACCAAAUUCCAAGUUCCGGCGGCGACGUACGGCGUGUUCCUCAUGCUCAGCCUGACGGCAUUCAUUCCGGUGUACGAUCGUGUCCUCGUCCCCUUCCUCCGGCGGCUCACCGGGAAAGAAGGCGGGAUCACGAUCCUCCAGAGGCUGGGCGUCGGAGUGCUGAUCUCUGUCUUCUCGAUGCUCGUCUCCGGCGUGGUGGAAGAGCAGCGCAGGCGCAUUGCCCUGACUAGGCCGACGCUCGGGAUGUCGGAUCGAAACAGGGGAGAAAUCUCGUCGAUGUCGGCGUUCUGGCUGGUGCCGCAGUUCGUGCUCGCCGGACUGGCGGAGGUGUUCGGCGCCGUCGGGCAGGUGGAGUUUUACUACAAGCAGUUUCCGGAGAACAUGAGGAGCGUGGCGGGGGCGUUGAAUUACUGCGGGAUCGCGGCGGGGAGUUACCUCAGCACGGCGCUGAUACAGUUGGUUCACCGGACGACGGAAGGGGCGCCGACGGGGAACUGGUUGCCGGAGGAUUUGAACAAAGGGAGGCUCGACUAUUACUAUUACUUGGUUGGUGGGUUGGGGGUUUUGAACUUUGGUUACUUUUUGUGGUGUUCAAGUGGGUACCGGUACAAGAAGGCGAAAGAUGAGGUGGUCGAACCGGAGGUGAAAGGGUCGGCUUGAUAGGGUUAGGAAACUUUGGUUGAACCGAUAGAUAUAUAGAGGAUUUUGAGUCGAUUUACUACGUUAUAAGGCGUUGGUAACUUGGAAAGUAUUUAGAUCUUCAUAAAUUUUACGGUGAGAUAUUGUGGUAUUUGGUACAUGGAGUAGUUGUACGAUUGACAUAUAAUGUCAACAGUUUUAGAGAUUUUAAUGUCAAGAGUAUCAAUACAAUGGUAGAAAUAUGUAUAAAUUUUUCCUCCUUUUGUAUAAGAGACAAAUAAGGUUAUCACAAUAAU